CCAUUCUUCCGCGACGGCGGCAGCGACGGCGAGAAGCUCUUCAUCAGGCACCCACUUAAUCAGCGGCGCCAGCGGGGGGCAAUGCGGCACUACAAGAAGUUGAUUCUCAAGCAGGGCGUGUCUUGGUCUGAUAGGGCGGGAGAUAUCGUCGUUCAGCCCACUUGCCUUGACCCCAGCAAGUGGGUCCUGAGGGCGCUCGGUGGGGCCACCUUGCUGGACGCUUGCUACAACGCCAUCAAGGACGCCCCGAAGAACGAGCAGGUGCCCCGCAUCCAGCUCCUCAAUCCGAACGCGCCCCCUGACGCGCUGUACUGGAUCAGAGUGCAAUGCAAUAAGCUGGUGGCCAUCGGCAGCACCGCGAGCUUCUUCGAGAAGCUCGAGCUCGCGCCCGUCGUCGCGGCCAAUUGGCAGCAGCAUCGGGCAGCGCUCCGCAAGAAGCGCAAGGGGGAGGGCGAGGCCGAGGAGGAUGGAGGCGAGGGCGGAGAGGGCGAGGGAGGCGGUGCCGAAGCCGACGCCGAAGACCCUGGCGAGGCUGGCGAGGAGGCCGAGGAUGAGGAGGCGGAGGGCGACUGCGAAGAAGGCGGCGGCAAGAGGAGCCAGUCGGGCUUCUACACUGCGUACAGCAAGUUCAUUCAGGACCACUACGGCGACGUGUUCCAGUCCAGGGAGGAAUUCACGAAGGCGAACAUUUUUCGCACGAAGGUUGAUGCCAUGGGCGUCUGGGAGAAGAUUACCGCCUGGUGGGGGGACUGCGUCGCGUUCGAGGACUCGUCAAUGAAGCCCAUGCCUAA